AUGGAUCAAGAUCAUGAUUAUUCUUUUGAGCAUUUAUAAGAAUUAGCAAAAUAAAAAAAUAUAUCUUAUGUAUUAAAAAGAGAUGGAGGAAAAUAAAACAUCGAUAUUUAGAAGAUAGCAGAGAGAUUAUAAAAUUUAGCAUCAAAUCUAUAACAUAUCAAUAUAAACUUGAUAAUGUGGAAGGUUAUUCAAGGGAUGUAUGAGGGAAUUACAACUGUGCAAUUGGAUAAUUUGGCGGCAGAAACAUGUGCAUACAUGAAUUUAGUUCAUCCACAAUAUUCAUUAUUGGCUGCAAGAAUAGCAGUCAACAACCUCCACAAGGAAACAAGUGAAUCCUUUAGUGAAGUGGCAACUAAAUUACAUUCAUUCACAGAUAAAUAUGGUAGACCAGCCCCAUUGAUUGCUGAUGAUGUUUAUAAAAUAAUAAUGGAAAAUAAAGAUAUCAUAUAAAAUGAGAUAAAUUAUGACAGAGAUUACCAAUAUGAUUUUUUUGGUUUUAAGACUUUAGAAAGAAGCUAUUUACUAAAGGAAGGGAAAAAGCCAAUUGAAAGACCAUAAUAGUUAUUAAUGAGAGUCAGCAUUGGUAUUCACAAAGAGGAUCUCUAAUCUGCCUUUUAAACUUAUCAUUUAAUGUCCUAGAAGUACUUCACUCAUGCCACACCAACCUUAUUUAACAGUGGCACUCCCUAUCCUUAAAUGUCAUCAUGUUUCCUGUUGGAUAUGGUAGAUGAUUCCAUUGAAGGUAUAUAUGAGACUCUCAAGAGAUGUGCUCUAAUCAGUAAGUCUGCUGGAGGAAUUGGAUUAAGUGCUUCAAAGAUCAGAUCAUAAGAUAGUUAUAUCAGAGGAACUAAUGGAAUCAGCAAUGGAUUGGUUCCUAUGUUGAAGGUGUUCAAUGAUACAGCAAGAUAUGUAGAUUAAGGAGGUGGCAAAAGAAAAGGAUCCUUCGCUAUUUAUUUAGAACCAUGGCAUAGUGAUAUUAUCAGUUUCUUAUAAUUGAGAAAGAACCAUGGGAUUGAAGAAUAAAGAGCAAGAGAUUUGUUUUUAGGUUUAUGGAUCCCUGAUCUAUUUAUGUAAAGAGUGAAGGAUGACUCGGAUUGGACUUUGAUGUGUCCAAAUGAGUGUCCAGGUCUCUAAGAUUGUUAUGGUUAAGAAUUCAACAAAUUGUACACUGAUUAUGAGUCUAAAAACAUGGGAAGAGUAACAAUGAAGGCCAGACAAUUGUGGUAAGAAAUCAUUGAUGCUCAAAUAUCAACUGGAUUACCAUAUAUGUUAUAUAAAGAUGCUUGUAAUUCAAAAAGUAAUUAAAAGAAUCUUGGUACUAUCAAAAGUAGUAAUCUAUGCACUGAAAUCAUAUAAUAUACAUCACCUGAUGAAAUUGCUGUUUGCAAUCUUGCUAGUAUUAAUUUGUAAAAGUUAAUCAAAGAAGAUAAAACCUUCGAUUUUGAUAAGCUAUUAGAGAUUACAAAAAUAAUCACAAUAAAUCUGAAUAUUGUCAUUGAUUUGAACUUUUAUCCUGUUAAAUAAGCAGAAUACAGCAAUAAAAGAAAUAGACCUAUUGGAAUUGGAGUCUAAGGAUUUGCAGAUGCAUUACAAAGAAUGAAAAUCCCAUUUGAUUCAGAAGAUGCCUUAGAAUUGAAUGCAAAGAUCUUUGAAACUAUCUACUAUGGAGCAUGCUAAACAUCUUUGGAAUUGGCUUAGAAGCUUGGACCUUAUGAAACCUUUACCGGCAGUCCAGCUUCAUAAGGAAUAUUGCAAUUUGAUAUGUGGGGUGUAAGUCCAAAAUUAUAUGAUUGGAAUACUCUCAAAUAGAAUAUUGCCAAGCACGGAAUGAGGAAUUCUUUAUUGAUUGCACCUAUGCCAACAGCAUCAACAAGUUAAAUUCUGUAAAAUAAUGAAUCAUUUGAACCAUAUACUACUAACAUCUACACAAGAAGAGUGUUGGCUGGAGAAUUCGUUUGCAUUAAUCCUCAUUUAGUUGAUGAUUUGAUUGAAUUAAACUUAUGGACACCUCAAAUCAAGAAUAAAUUAAUCAUGAACAACGGUUCUGUCUAGAAUAUCGAAGAAAUUCCUAAUAAUAUCAAAUCCUUGUAUAAGACUGUUUGGGAGAUCUCCUAAAAAGCAAUACUAAAUUUGGCCACUUCCAGAGCUCCAUUUAUUGAUUAGAGUCAGUCCUUAAAUAUCCACAUGGCUGAACCAACAAUGUCUAAAGUGACUUCUAUGCAUUUCUAUGCUGGGAGAAAAGGGGUGAAAAACAGGUACAUAUUAUAUAUAACUAUUAAAGGAAUGUAUUAUCUGAGAACUAGACCUGCAGCAGAUCCCAUUAAAUUCACAGUGGAUGUUGAGGCAUUAUUAAAAGAAGGGGGACAAAUAAAAAUUCAAUCAUCCAAAUAAGAGUUAAUCGAUGAGAGUGCAUCCAAAAAGAUUGUUACUAAUGAAGGUAAAACUGUUAAGAAGGGUAAACCUCAAAUUAUUGUUACUGAAGAUGGUGAUGAAGUUGAGGUUUGCUUGAAUUGUGGUUCUUGAAUAUAUUUAUAUUAAUAAUUUAUAUUAUUUUUACAA